AUGUCUGUGUAUCUGUGGGUCUCCGACUGGCUGCUGCUGCGCCUGCACGUUGGUGGCGUGUUCUGCAAACCCGAUGAGGCUGCUGCGAUCGAAGCCAAACAAAUCUGCUGCCUGGCGUAUCUAAAAAUAAAUAAACUGGAACCACACAGUCCUCCUACGGCGUCUGAGUGGACUCCAGCAAGGGAAGAGAGAUUCUUUAAAAAGAAGACCCGUGAAGGAUUCGCGCGAAAGAAGCAGUCGAUACUGAUCACUAGUGGACAGACUGCGGGUGCCCGCGUAGAUAUGGGUCAGCUGAGUAAGGAUUCAGCUGCGUGCAACAGAAGUGCCGAUGCAUGUUGGACAAGUAUUCAUGAUAUCCAUCCAUAUCUAGAAUGGAGUUGCAUAUGCACCGGUACAGUGAAGGAACUGUCGGGCCAGAAAUGUACCUCUACUCGAGCAUUUUCUCCAACUGACACCAAUAUAAAACAUGCUGACGUCGUAGUAGAGAGGACCAUGCACUGGCAGAGAGCGGUGGCACAUAAUCCAGUGGCUUGUCGCUCAGCUGAUCCAAGUCUGUACUACACUGUUCGCAAUGGAAUUGUUGCGUGGUUAGAAGCAGAUUCAGAAGUCGCAGAAAGAAGAACCGACUCUGAAGGGUAA